AUGGUUUCCUUCAUCCUCUGCCUCCUCCCUGCUCUCCUAGCUACAACUAAUGCAGAAGCUGUGAUCCUGACAUGUGACACGUGCUUUGGUCAAACGGAGACCUGCGAUUUUGCUCCAGGAACCUGCCAAGUCAACAAGGCUACCGGUGGCUGCCUCUCCGUGGCGGAAGAUAUUAAAUUGGGUGGGUCACAGAACACGAACUUCUACAAAGAGUGUCUGAGUAACUAUAAGAGUGACAUAGAAGUCCCCAUCUCCUUCACUGUUGGGAAUGGCAAUUACGUGAGGAUCAACACUACACGAUGCAACACAGAUAAUUGUAACUCGGCUGUACCUGGAAUGCCGAAGGGGAGCACCACCGCGAACGGGCUGCAGUGCCCAACCUGCUUCGCUCUGAAUUUUGCUGUCUGCAACAGCUCAGUCACCCCUUGUACCGGGGAUGAGACCUACUGCAUGGAUUUCACUGGGUUUCUAUACAGAGGUUCAUCUCCUUCGCCAUUUCAAGCAAAAGGCUGCACUACAGCGUCUCCUCAGGUCAUUAAACCUGGAGCCAUCCUGACUACGGCACUGUACACAUUUGACUUUUUUUGGGGGGCCUCUGUUCCGGCGGAGAAAAUACCCACCAACCCCCCAUCCACAACUGCUGCCUCUCUAGAAACAACCAGCCUCGCCCCUAAUAAAACCACUACCACACUCCCUGCUACAACCACCACCACUACCACCCCCAGCGCAACCAUCACUACCCCUGAAACAACCACCACCACUCCUGCUACAACCGACACCACCGCCAACACAACCACCACCCCUGAAACAACCACCACCACUCCUGCUACAACCAACACCACCGCCAACACAACCACCACCCCUGAAACAACCACCACCACUCCUCCUACUACCGACACCACCCCCAAUGCAACCACCACUACCCCCGAAACAACCACCACCACUCCUGCUACAACCGACAGCACCCCCAAGACAACUACCACCCCUAACAAAAUCACCACCACCGCCAACACAACCACCACCACUUCUGCUACUACUGACACCACUACCAACACAAUCACCCCCCUCAAUAAAACCACCACCAUCCCCAAAAUAACACCCACCCCUACAACCACCACCACCACCACCAAACCCACUACUCCACCCAAAACAAACACCUCACCCAAACCUGCCCUCCCCACCCAAACAACCCGCAGUGGGGCCAGCCCGGCGCUGGGGAAAUUCUCCUUCACCCUCUACCUGCCUGGCCUGACUGGGCUGCUGCUGGUGAAGCUGCUCUCCUGACCCCCGCCCGGCACGGCCCACACAGCACCUGGUGCCUGUGAAUAAAGGCCUGAAGUCCCA